UGGAUAUUGUGUGAACUUCAAAUGUCCUGAAGGUCGUUUCUUCAAAAUGUUUCUCAUUACUUGAAGUUAAUGGUUUUACAUUAGCAUUUUCUACAAUGGGGAAUGCUCAAGUAUCAGAAAAACAUCAGAUACAAAAUGACCGCGGGGAAACAUGCAGUUCUGGGGAUGUAAAAGAUUUCGAAACUCGUUGGAAAUCCUUUAUGAAUUCACUGGAUUUGUCAGCUGAUCACAUCAAACAAAUUGAAUUGUUAGAUGAAAGCAAAAAAGCAGAACUUCUGUCAAACUAUGAGUCGAAAAACCCUAGAUGCUCCGCAUCCCACUGCGUUACUCUUUUAAAAGCCAGUCGGAUUGAAUUCAUUUUGAAGAAGAAAGUUGAUGGAUCAUCGUUUCGUCCCUUGCUAUCGUCCAUAGAGAUUUCUUUGCGCACCAACAAUGUUGAAUGGGUUUAUGAAUUUUUAGAUUUUGAGGGUCUAGAGACAUUGGCCGAUUUUAUGUUACAAUGCAUGCAUUUUCUAUCAGAGCAGGAUACAACAUUUAGUGCGCAAAGAUUUUAUGGGAGUAAAUCCAUGGGGGAAACUUAUCGAGCUCGUUACGAAAUAUCUUGCUCUGCAGAAGUUCCUGAAUGUGUUCGUAAUAGUAGCAUUAAGUCAAAUCAGUCUUCAUCAGGCAACGAAGUUUUAUCAGCAUCGAUGUUUCAUAAUAGUUCUUCAUCCAAAGGUGUUCCACUCACUGGGACACUCUUAGAGUUGCUCAAAGAAUGCUUACAUUUAUCCCUUCGUUGUCUUAAGGCUAUAUUAAAUAAUCAGAGAGGGUGUAAAAGAGCUAUGGAGCAUCCACUUGUCAUUAGUUUAAUAACAUUCUGUCUUCUGCAUCCUAAUUAUUCAACAAAAACUCUAGCACUAGACAUGCUAACUGCAUUAUGUUUAAUUGAAGGAGGACAUGUGAAAGUUUUGCAAUCUUUCGACAGAUUACGCGUUGUAAUGGGUGAAGGAUUAAGAUUUGAACUUCUACUGACAGCUUUCAGAUAUCAUGAAUCACUUGAUGAAGAAAAUUACAAUAUAGAUUUUGCAGUAACAUGUAUACAAUUUCUCAAUAUUAUUGUUCAUUCACCAGAGAAUAUAAAUUUAAGAGUAUAUUUACAAUAUGAACUCCAUUUACUUGGAUUUGAUGAAUUAUUAAAACAAAUACGCGAUCAUUCUGGAUCACGAUUAAAAAUUCAAAUUGAAGCUUAUUUAGACAAUCGUGUCGAUUGUUCCCUACUGUUAGAAGAUGCUGAAACUAAAGAGGCAGCGAUUUUAGAACAAGAACGUUUAGAAAAACAAUUAAAAUCGGAAAUGAGUAUAGCUAGAAAAUCUGAAGUCAAUUUCAAACUUAGAGAAACUGAACUUCUUCGUAUCAUCGAAACAUUACGUAUGAAAAAACGUGAAUUUGAAUUAGCUGCUACAAAUCGUGAAACAGCAUUACAUAAACAAAUCAAUGAAUUACGUCAUAGUAUGCAAUUAGCUGAAUUAGAAAUAUCUGCAUUAAAACAAAAUUUACAACAAACUAAAUCUACAACAACAAAAUCAUUGCAUACAAUGGCUACAUCAACACAUUUUGAUAAUUCCAAAGAAAAUUUAUUCUCCAGUACAGAUAGUAGUACAUCGGAUCCACCGACUCUAGUAACACGUACUAUGUCAGUGGAAGAGAAUCCUACUACUACAUUUCAACAUUUUAAUGGUAAUCGCGAUGACCGACACGAACACCAACAUCAACAACAACAGCCAAAUAAUUCUCAGAUUAAUGGUUGUGACACUGAAAUCUCAUUAUUCAUUAACAACGACAGUAGUAAUAAUAAUAAUAAUAUGAAUUGUAGCAGUAGUAGUAGUAGUAGCAAUAAACAAGAUUCGUCAAGUGUUCAACCCGCCGACAUAAAGCCAUCAAUAAUUUCUCAGUGUGAUAAACAGCAGCACCAACAACAAGAACAAGCACCUAUAAAACCACAAAGAAAAAUAACAGAACAAAAAUCAAAUCAUUUAUUUCCCAUUUGUUGCCCACAAAAUUUAACUACAUGUAAACAAUUAGCUAAUCAAGCAGCAAAUUAUUUAGUUGAAUUAGUUAAAUUAGUUUCAAAUUUAUCAUUAAAACAAUUGUUCAAUAUUGAAGAUAAUAAUGAUGAUAAUAAUGAUUUAUUCAAUGGUCAAUUUAUUACAAUUUAUCCAAUUGGUUGGCAAUUUGCCUCUCAAUCACCAUCUUUUUCCAUGCAUCAUCAACAUCAUCAACAACAUGGCGAUAAUAAUAAUAACAAUGGGAUGAAAAAAUUAAUCCCGCCAUCAUCUUCAUCCUCAUCAUCAUCAUCAUCAUCAUUGGAGAGUAUAUUCAAUGAUCAAAUAUUUAAAACAUGUUAUUUAGCUAAUUUAUCUAUGAAAGCUGAACGAAUUUGUACUAAUUCAGAAGAAUUUUUUCAUAUUUAUUCAAAUCAAUUACCAGAAUUAUGGUUUAAUCUUAGAGAAACUGAACUUCUUCGUAUCAUCGAAACAUUACGUAUGAAAAAACGUGAAUUUGAAUUAGCUGCUACAAAUCGUGAAACAGCAUUACAUAAACAAAUCAAUGAAUUACGUCAUAGUAUGCAAUUAGCUGAAUUAGAAAUAUCUGCAUUAAAACAAAAUCUACAACAAACUAAAUCUACAACAACAAAAUCAUUGCAUACAAUGGCUACAUCAACACAUUUUGAUAAUUCCAAAGAAAAUUUAUUCUCCACUACAGAUAGUAGUAGUACAUCGGAUCCACCGACUCUAGUAACACGUACUAUGUCAGUGGAAGAGAAUCCUACUACUACAUUUCAACAUUAUAAUGGUAAUCGCGAUGACCGACACGAACAUCAACAACAACAGCCAAAUAAUUCUCAAAUUAAUGGUUGUGAUACUGAAAUCUCGUUAUUCAUCAACAACCACACUAGUAAUAAUAAUAAUAAUAACAUUACUUGUAAUAGUAGUAGUAAUAAACAAGACUUGUCAAGUGUUCAACCCGCCGACAUAAAGCCAUCAAUAAUUUCUCAGUGUGAAAAACAACAACAACAACAAGAACAAGCACCUGUAAAACCACAAAGAAAAAUAACAGAACAAAAAUCAAAUCAUUUAUUUCCCAUUUGUUGCCCACAAAAUUUAACUACAUGUAAACAAUUAGCUAAUCAAGCAGCAAAUUAUUUAGUUGAAUUAGUUAAAUUAGUUUCAAAUUUAUCAUUAAAACAAUUGUUCAAUAUUGAAGAUAAUCAUGAUGAUGAUAAUUUAUUAUUCAAUGGUCAAUUUAUUACAAUUUAUCCAAUUGGUUGGCAAUUUGCCUAUCAAUCACCUUCUUUUUCUAUGCAUCAUCAUCAUCAUCAACAACAUGGCGAUAAUAAUAAUAACAAUGGGAUGAAAAAAUUAAUCCCGCCAUCAUCUUCAUCUCAUCAUCUUCAUCAUCAUCAUUGGAGAGUAUAUUCAAUGAUCAAAUAUUUAAAACAUGUUAUUUAG